CUGUCUGUGGGCUCUCCGAGAGACUCCCAAAAUAAUCGCGAAGCUUUCGGAAAUAGGGAACUAUGAGGUUUCCGAGCACUUUUACAAACUUUUGGCGGCUUUAGGAACUGCGCUUCGAGUCGGCGUGCUUCUACAUAAGGCUGUGCUUCACCGCAACAUCACCUCCGCGCACUCUUUACGCUAUCUGAGGGGGAAAAUGUCCUAAAAUACACGUGUUUAAUGUCAGAAGUGCGCCAGGACGUUAGAGGACACCAUGGUGAACAAGGAGGAUUUGGAAAAAAGCCUGAAAAAGCUGCUCGUGCGACUGAAGAACAAUUUAGAGGAGGGAAAGCAGUUGGGCACCAUGGUCCAGAUCAUCCAGGAUCUCCUGUUUUUGGCACACACAGACGAGGGUGCAGAAGAGCUGUUUAAAGACAAAAAUGUCCAUGAGCCACUGAUGCUUCUGCUCUCAUCUUGCAGCAACAGCAAACUUCAGCAGGUGGGAUGGUCCCUGCUGUGCCGGUUGAUGGAGAUCUGUCCCCUGACCCUGGACAACCUGGUCCAUCCCGCGCGAGCUGGAAAGGACUGGGAGGUUUUACGGGUGCACCAGCAGAUUCUAAACAUGCUGACUUUGCAUCAAAAAGACCUGAACGUGAUAAUGGUAGGGCUGCGAGCUCUAGCCUUGUUGCUGAAGUCAGAUGAGCUGACGUUGCUGGUUCUCGAGGAGGAGAUGGAUGUGUUUCAGUUGGUGGUGGAGGCCAUGAAGGCUUUUCCUCACAGUGAGGAGCUGCAGCUCCAGGGCUGCUCUGCUCUCUGCUUGCUACUGGAGAGAGUUCCAGAGGAACAUAAGGUGGAGUUUAUUGAGAAGAAGGAUCAUGCUGUAGUUCUGAAUGUGCUCAGGAGGUUCAAGGACAGUGAGAGUGUGGUGUUUUCUGCACUGCAGGUUCUCAUACCAUUGGCUGAGCCUGCAAGCAAUGUAGAGACUCUGAUGUCCAAGACUGAAAAAUGCUACAGUUUAGUGUGUCAGGUGGUGGAGGCGUUCUCAGAAUCAGAGGCUGUACAGGAACUGGGGUGCAGCCUGCUGCGGAAAUUUACUUCAGAAAGUUACUUCAACAUCUUGGUGCUGAAUGGUGUGCACAGAGUGGCAGUGAAAGCAUGUCUGUCCUACCCUGACAAUGGCAAGAUCCAGGCUGCUGCGCUGUCCUGUCUGGCUGCACUCACAAAGACAAUCCUGGAGAAUGAAGACCUCAAGAAGACAUACAGUGAGGAUGAGGAUGAUAGAGGUAAAGAAGAUGACAAGGACAACAAUGAUGAGGAAAGCCUGGUUUGGAGAGAGGCUUGCUGCACAGCUUUAGAGAGACAUAGUGACAAUGCUGAAGUGCAGGAGGCUGCUUGCUGGGCAUUAAACAGCUUGUUGCUCUAUGGCAGUGCACGCAAUAUAUAUGAGGAACCCAACGAAAGGCCUCCUGUGUAUAUACAGGUAAUGACUGUGAUGCUUGUGCACUCCUCAAGCUUUGGUGUUUUUCAGGCUGCUGCAUCUACAUUGGGCACACUCAUACGCCGACACAGUAAGAUGAGGUCUCGGCUCCUGGCCAGUGGCAUUCAUUACAACAUUGUGGAUCUGAUGAAGAGACAUGCCAACUCCAUCGAAGUGUGUGAGAGUGCCUGCAGGCUUCUAUACACACUUUUCCAGGGAGGGAGUGCGAGUCUGGACGAAGGGAGCAUGGCUCUAGGUCAGAUUUUGAUUGCCAUGAAGGAUCAUAACUACCAGCCUGAGGUACAAUUGGAAGGGCUGAGAGCCAGCCUGGUGCUCCUUAACCCGGACCGCAGUUUGAGGGAGCAUGGUGUAUCCGUAGCAGAUCCAGACACGUCAGAUGUGUCUCUGAGAGUGCUAAAAAAUCAGUGUGUGGUAGAGGAAGCUCAUACUGUCUACCUUCAAGCCUUAAACAGGUUCAUCAGAAGUGAGGACAUUCAGGAGUGUGGGCUUGCUGUUCUGUCUGUGCUGGCUGAUUGUUCUGGAGCUGUUGAUGUAAUGUGCCAGCAGGGGGCAAUAGACACAGUGCUGCACACACUACAGAUGUUUCCUCAGAAAAGCAAGAUUCACUACUGGGGUUUGAGCCUCCUGUUUCAGCUCAUCUCAAAAAAUAAGCUGUCACGCACGAUGGUGCCUGUGUUGGUGGCGGUUCUCGUCACCUCUGUGAGGCAACACAAGGGCAGUGCAGAGAUGCGGCUGAAAGGUUUUCAGGUGAUAUGGAAACUGUUGGACACCUGCUCAGAAGCAGCGGCCGAGCUGGAGAAAGAAGGCUUUGAGAAAGACAUCUUCCAACAGCUGAGGGAAAGCUCUCCUGAUCAUAGAUAUGAGCUAAAGCUAAGCUGUCUGUGUCUGUCGAAGAUGGUGGUGGACAGUGAGAUCCACUACCGCAUACUGGAGAGGGCGUGUGAGGAAGGCAAUGUCGUCAUGGCCGAGUGUCUUAUACAGCUGGGAACUGACGUCAAUAAGAAAACCAAAACAGAGUCUCUGAUAUAUCAGGUAUGUGAGCGUGGCGGAUCACUGGCUCUGGUCGAAGUGUUGGUCAGCAGUGGUGUGCAUGAGCAGCAGUUGCGUGGGGCUCUAAGUGUGUGUGUGAGGAGGAGAGACGGCCCUCUGGUCAUCCUCCUGCUGGCUCGUCUUGGCCUGGACCUCGCCAACAGUGCCCUCUGCUUAGGAGGCUUCAGACUCGGCCAUCUCGAGGCCACAUGGCUUAACGCACUGCUCUCAGAGCGCAGAGUUCCCCCAAAUGCGCAGAAGAGGAAUAGUAAAGGGCAGUGGCUGGCAAGACAGAUACAGUUCCUGCAGAAGAGGAGUCAGAUUGGUGUUUUGGAGUCACAGAGUGUUGUGAACACUUCAGAAUAUUUCUCUGAUGAUGAGAGUGAUGACUCUUUAUACACAUCUCUGGAUGACAGCGUGUUUUGUACAUUUGAAGACAUGGAGAGUGAUGGAAAUGAUAGCCCUGCUUCAGGGAGGACCUACUGUGAUUCACCAGAUGAUCUGAGGGGGCGCUCUAAAGUAAAGCAGCAGGAGCGAGGCAGACGUGCCAUUUCAGAGGGAAGCAGUGGUGACCCUGAUCUCAAUGAUUCCUUUAAAAAGAGACUGUCAAGCAAGAAGGGCAAUACCCAAAGAGGUCUGGUGUUUUCUGAGAGUUCCUCCAUUGGGGGAUCCUUGUCAAGUGUGGACAGAGAUCAUAUCACGCUGCUAGAUCUAUCAGGCAAUGAGCUAGACUCUCUCUCAUGCUUGAUGGAUGAUGGCACUGUCCAACAACAGCUUGAGCAUCUACUACGUCUGGAUUUGAGCAGCAACAGCCUAGCAGAGUUUCCCAGUGCCCUCUGUCAGAGCUUGCGAAGCCUCACUCGACUGGAUCUUCAAGGCAACCAAUUGCAAUCACUUCCUGCUGAACUGUUGAGCCUACCCUCAUUAAGCAUGCUGAAUGUGUCACGUAACUGUGUCGGUCCUGAAAUCUGUUUGGACCCACAUGUGUGCUGUCCAACGCUCCGCCAGCUGAACCUUUCUUUCAACCACAUCACUGUUUUUCCAUACAGUCUCAGCCAAGUCAUGGAAAAUCUAGAAGAACUCUCACUAGAGGGGAAUCAAAUCUCAGAACUCUCCCUUCCUCUCGGUCUUGCUGAAGUGAAGGUGUUUGAUAUUUCAAAGAAUAAAUUAACAACGAUUUCUGAUGGCUUAUUGUCUGCAUGCACCAAGCUGGAAACAUUCAAUGCCUCAGUUAACCAUCUUAGUUGUUUGUUACAACUUCCUUCUAAAAUAACAACAUUGAAAUUAUCCCAGAACAACUUUGAAAGUGUACCUGAAUCAAUUCUCAAUCUACCAAAUUUGCAGUCGGUGGACAUGAGGAGUAACAGUAUCAGAGUUCUGCCAGGUCCAGCUGCCUGGACCAGUGCUAAUUUAAGAGAGCUGAUAUUCAGCGAGAACCAGAUCUCUGUGCUGGACCUGAGAGAACCUGUGUAUAAAUGGAUCCGUCUAGAUAAACUGCAUCUGAGUGAUAACAAGCUCACCGAGCUUCCUCGUCAGAUCGGGCUGCUGGAGGAGUUGACCUCCCUGGAUGUCAAUGGUAAUGCUGCUCUGCGAUCUUUCCCUGAUGAGAUGGGUAAGCUGGUUCGGCUGUGGGAUUUGCCCUUGGACAGAUUGCAGUUACAACUUGACCUCAAACACAUCGGUAACAAGACCAAAGACAUUAUCAGGUAUUUUCAGCACCGUCUGAAGAAGGCUGUGCCGUAUUUCCGGAUGAAGCUAAUAGUUGUAGGGAAUGCAGGCAGUGGGAAGACCACUCUGAUCCAGCAGCUGAUAAAGCUCAAGCGUUCUCAGUGGUACUUUGACACACAUUCAUCGAACAUCACCGUCAGAGAUUGGCGCAUCAGAGACCGCGAUAGGAGAAACAUGGUCCUGAACGUGUGGGACUUCUCAGGUGGAGAGGAGUACAGUGGCUUCCAUUCUCAAUUCAUGAGCCUCAGAGCUCUCUACUUGGUGCUAUACGACCUGAGUAAAGGAGCCAGUGAGCUGGACACCAUCAGACCCUGGCUCUUCAAUAUCAAAGCACUCGCCCCUGUCUCUCCUGUGAUUCUGGUUGGCACUCAUUUGGACGUAUGUGAGGAUGACCUGGUACAGGAGUGUGCGCUUAAGAUCCAGGAGGAGGUGUUGUCCCAGCCGCUUUUCCCAACCAUUAGGGAGAGCCACAUGCUGUGUGCCUGUGAAGAGUCAGACUCUAUCAGCAGACUGCGCAAGGCCAUCGCCAGAGAGGCCAGCAGCUUUAAGAUCCAGGGGCAGCCGGUGAUGGGGCAGCUGGUUCCAGAUUGUUAUGUUGAGCUGGAGCGGAGGAUUCUGCAGGAGCGGUGCCGUGUGCCUGUUGAGUUUCCCGUGCUCAGACACCAACGCCUCCUGCAGCUCAUUGAGGAGAGCCAGCUGCUGCUGGAAGAGGGAGAACUUUCUCACGCAGUUCGCUUCCUCAGUGAGACCGGUGUGCUCCUGCACUUUGAUGAUCCUGCACUGCAACUCAGAGACUUGUAUCUCAUUGAUCCCCAGUGGCUCUGUAAAACCAUCUCACAGCUUCUGACUCAAAAGAGCCUGUGUGAGAACCCCAGAGGGGUGAUGCAGCGCUCAGUUCUGGAGAAAUUUCUCAGCAAGACCUGCGGGUUCCCAGAAGGUCACCUCAUGCACUAUUUCAGACUGCUGGAAAAGUUCCAAAUUGCCUUGCCCUUGGGAGACGAGCAGCUACUGGUGCACUGCAGCUUGUCUGAUCACAAGCCAGUGAUUGAGAUUCCUCACUGUGAGAAUUCAGAGAUCAUUGUGAGGGUCUAUGAGAUGCCUUAUUUCCCAAUGGGCUUCUGGUCCAGACUGAUCAGCCGGCUUCUGGAGGUCUCCUCAUUCAUGCUCCGGGGUAAAGAGAAAACUUUGAGACCAAACCGAAUUUACUGGAGGACAGGGGUAUACCUGAACUGGUCUGCUGAGGCGUACUAUCUAGUGGAAGCCUCCUCGGAUGUGAACAGCCCUGCCAGCUUUGUUAGGGUCACUGUGCCUUGCUCCCGUAAAGGUCAUGUGUUGUUAGGCCAGGUGGUUGAUCAUAUUGACUCUGUGCUGGAGGAGUGGUUUCCUGGCCUCCUCAACACUGAUAUACAAGGUGAUGGGGAAACACUGCUGAAGAGGUGGGCAAUGUACAGCUUCGACGACACACAGGAGUGGAACAAGAUGCUGCUGCAGGAUCUGCUCAAACAAACUCACAAAAAUGGUCUGUUGGUGAACCCAGAGGACCCUCACUGUACAAUCCCCACCUCCCAGCUCUGCCCUGACCUCAUGCUGAGUGACCAACCAGCUAAUAUUAUGUUGGACCCUGAGGAGCUAGAAAUGGAUCUUUCCAACGACUACCUGCUUGGAAAUGGAGGCUUUGGCACAGUGUACAGAGCAAUAUACAAAAAUGAAGAUGUUGCUAUGAAGAUUUUCAACAAACAUGCAUCCGAUCUGUAUGUUCAUAGAUUAAUAAGACAGGAAUUGGCUGUAUUAGGCAGACUGCACCAUCCCAGUUUGGUGGAUCUACUGGCUGCAGGAAACUCCCCCCAUAUGCUGGUCAUGGAACUGGCUCCAUGCGGUUCUCUCGACUCACUGUUUGAACAUGAGAACGGCAGCCUGAAUCGCAAACUGCAGCACAGGAUUGCACUACAGGUGGCUGAUGGUCUCAGAUAUUUGCACUCUUCAAUGAUAAUCUACCGGGACCUGAAACCUCACAAUGUGCUGCUGUUCAGUCUUAAGACUGACUCUGAGAUGAUAGCUAAGCUCACUGACUAUGGCAUCGCUCAGUACUGCUGCAGUAUGGGAGUCAAGAGCUCUGAAGGCACUCCAGGGUUCAGAGCACCAGAGGUUGCUCGUGGUAACGUGAUCUAUAACGUCCAGGCGGAUGUUUAUUCGUUUGGUCUGCUGCUAUAUGAUCUUUUGACCUGCGGAGAGAGAAUAUCAGAUGGUCUGAAGUUCCCCAGCGAGUUUGAUGAAAUAGCCGUGCAGGGAAAGCUACUGGACCCAGUGAAACACUACAGAUGUUCACCCUGGCCAAGGUUUCAGAACCUAAUGAAGGAGUGUCUAAGAGAGAACCCAGAGAGCAGACCCACAUCUGCACAGGUGUUUGACUGUCUGAAUUCAGCAGAGAUGCUGUGUCUGAUUAGUGAGCUGACUCUGCCUGGGCUGUCCUGCGAGUGUUUCACUGUCUCCUGUCCCAGUGGCAGUUUGGGUGGAAGUGUGAAUGGUGGUGCUGGGGCUCAAGUGUGGAUGGGAGGUGGCAGUAGCAGCCUGAAGCUUGGCUUUGUCACGUGUGUGGAUGUAGAGACAGAGAAACGGUCCACACAGGAGAUUGACCAAAGCCCCGUCCUCUGCCUGGUGACUGUCAGAGUGCCUGGAGAGGUCCACGACUGGUUAGUUGCAGGAACACAGAGUGGCUCACUGUUGGUUAUGGACACAAGGAACAUUACAGUUUUGCAUUGUUUACAGAGCGCAAAAGAUGCAGUGACCUCACUUUUCUUCCACACACCUUCUCAACGCAGCUGCUUAAAGAACCACCUAUUAGUGGGAACAGCAGAUGGAAUGCUUGUCAUUUAUGAAGAUUCAGUUAUCAAGUGUGGUUAUGGUGCUCCAGUUAAGCUUGUGCAGGUUGGGAAUGUGAACACACCCCUGAUGUGUCUGGCUCCAUCUGGCCACUAUCAGGACCGUACCACUCUGUGGGCUGGCUGUGGCACCAGGGUGCUUUCUCUAACUGUGGACUAUGACAUCUCUAAGAGUAUAGACACCAGACAGCAGCUUCUGUCCAGCAGUAUGGCAUGUAUCUCUCGGCUAGUCGUUGAGAAAUAUGUUUAUUUGAGCAAAAAUGGAGGUCACAGUGUAGAGGUAUGGGAUAAGAAGAGUGGGAAGAUGAUUGACUCCAUUGACUGUGUGCAGUUACUCAGGAAGGUCAGAGCUGUGAGGACUGACAUUUCCAAAGAAAUGGAGUACUUAUUGGCUCGUGUGAAGGCUUUGCUGGUACAGCAUAAUGGUACACUGUGGAUAGGCACUGGAUCUGGACAGAUCCUACUGGUGGACCUGUCUACACGUCAACUACUGCAGGUUAUCAGCCCUGGCUGCCAUUCAGUGUGCACUAUGGCCUCUGUGCUGAUCGAAACACAAGGCCAAAAAAAAAGUGUGAUUCUGAUGUUGGGAAGACGUGUUCACAUGUCACAAGAGAAAAUCAAGUCUCAAACAGAUAAAGAUGCUGUGCUGAUGAUCUGGAGUAGUACGCUGUCUCAGGAAGUAAAGCAUCUGAACAGACACUGUGAGCUGAGAGAGCAGAUUGCAUACAAAAUGCAAAAACAGACCCAUGACUAAACUUUAUCUUUAUUUGAACAUCUGCCAAACCUGACAUUAGUGUAAACUUCACCACUACAUUGUUCACUAAUUGUGAAUGUCAUUUCAUUGGAAAUGAAAAAGGGAACCAUGUGUGUACUCACUCUGUUGGUAAAGCUCUUUUUAUACUCAUUUUUAGGUAACAUUUUGUUUGUAUACCACCUUUCUUCACAAUUUAAAAGCUAACUUGUCUCUGGAGAAAUAAUUUUUCAUUAAAUUUCAUAAUAUUCAUUUUGAACAUUUAAAAUGACCUCUACGUAUGCAUGAUUUUACAUACAUUGUUCUUGUAAAUUUAUUUUAAAAUCACGUAGAUCAGGCUGCUGGAGAAUUGUGAAAGUGGUAUAGAAUGGUCAUUCUGGCAUGAAAUCUUUCAUAUGUGCAAUCACAUCAGUGAUCCUCAAGCUUGAUAGCAGUUUAGUGAUUACAUUGUAGACUAGGGUGGAACUAAAGAGUGGAUGACUGUAGGGAUGGUGGAUGAGGGGCUUGCAACAUUAUAUGACUGAACAAUCCAUGUUACUGUAAACUGUAAGGUGCAAUUGAAUGUUUGUUUUCUGUCCCCUUACAUGUCAAUCCUAAAAAAAAAAACCCUCAAAAAAACAGAAAAAGAUUGGUUGAUUUCAGGGUAUAUUCUGUAUGAUUAUAUAAUACUACCAUCAUAAUAAUUAUAAAAUAACACUAUGUUUAGGAUUAUGUAAUACUUCAUGCAUAUCAGAUUGAUUUGCUCAACCAAGCCCCCCCCCCUUUUCUUUUUUUUUUUUUUUUUUUUAAGUGUACAGAUGUGUUUACACUUUGGUACAGGUUAUUUUGCAAAGGGAUUAUAACUUUGAUACUGGAACUACUUGUGAAAGAACUGGACAAUAAGCCAAAGAUAGAGAAUUUACAGCUCUGAACAAUGUAUUUCUUGUUUUUUACUCAAAAUAUGAACGUGCAUGCCAUUGUGAUUUUUGUACUGUUAUUGUUCUGUUAUGAAAAAAUAAUUAUUGAACUUUUAUUUUUGUCAUUAUAAAUGAUCUUUCUAUUUUACAUUUAGUCGUGUAUUCUAUGCAAGGAUCUCAAGAUACAUUUACAGACGUUAUAGAAGUGGAUUAGUUGCUGGAUAGACAUAAAAGCCUAACAAAACCUUACAUACAUAUAGUACAUAAUAUGAAUUGAUGAAUUCCAGUUUCGCUGGUACUGAUUUUUCAUUGUCACAAUGUCUUGGUAAAACAUGUCACUAUGUUCAUCACGGACUGCACCAAGAUUUGCAUGGAAGAAGUCGAAGUGUGAAAGUAGAACAUUAAUCUGUAGUGACAUUUUGCAUGCUUUGGUUUUGUAUGCUUGGUGCAUUUUUUUUUUCCAUCCAGCUGGAUGCAGUAUGGUUCUCUGUAGUUUUCAACAACAUUCUUCCAUAAAAUUUUCUCCAGCCACACUAAAAACUCUUCAAACAGCAUGUAAUAGAUGUGCUGUUUGAUUUGUGGACCAACUUAAAUUACUUCCUUUAUCUUGGCAUCAGUUACUUUUGGGAAAAUAUCUGUAUAAAGUAUUAAAAUCCUUGCAUAUAUAAAUUCCUUCAUCAGCCCAAGGAGCGAAAUAAAUCUUUGUUGAGUUGACAAAUGCUUCAUGUGACAUGAUUUUGUGUCUUACAGCUUGACUGGUCCUUAAAACAGAUUCUUUAGCACAGAUGUCCCUUUCACAAAUGAAGCAACAGUACUUGUAUGCGAGCUGCAUUCCUCACUUCAGCAAAACUGCUUUCAGAUCACCACAGAUGUUCCAGUUUUAGCUGCUGCAAUUAUGUUUUUCAAUAAGAUUUCCAUAUUCAGAUACAUUUCCUUCAUGUGUACUGCAUAGCCAGUUGGUACUGAAGGAUAGACGUUGCUGUUGUGUAACAACAUAUUAUUCAAUAAAAAGAUACCACUCUUGUGGGUCGUGUUCAACCAAUCACUCAGUGCAGAAACACAUAUUGUCAUCCUGACCAAAGAAAAUGGUUUCCUUUCUAUAUGUGAAAGACUGAAAUUUUGUUAUCACUGGGAGUUCUUUAGAUUUUU